GUACUGGAAUACUAACAAGACAAAGACUAUUACAUUUCGUUGACAGAAAUGACUAGUGAAGAUUCUCCUGUAAAACGAGACACGAACUGGUUUCCAGUCCUAAUCACUGAGUCUCUUGUGAUAUCGAUUAUCAAUGCUGUGACUAUCACUGCCUUUGAGCGGAUUCGCCAUCUACGCAAGCGCAGUACGUACUUCAUAAUAAACCUGACUGUGGCUGAUCUAUCGUUGGGCGCCGUUGUAGGACCACUGUACGUGUACCACAAGGGUGGAGGGAAACACCACUUCUCAGCGGCUACAUGCAACACUUUUAAAUCCAUUCCUAAGGACAUACAGCAGAAAUGGGACAAGGCAACAAGUGUUCACAUCUAUGAUAUGCUGGCAGUGAUUUACUUUGCUAAUUCCAUAGUGAAUCCUCUUGUAUACGCCAUACGAACGCUGGAAUUUAGAAAAGCGUUAGAAAACCUUUCAUCACGCCAGAGACAGGCUGAGCAACGACAAGAAGCCUAUAAAUCUUCGUUCAAAGAAAUGGCUGCUAGCAAUUCUUCUGCGAAAGAGGACAUUGACUGGUUUCCAGUCUUCGUCACUGAGUUUCUUGUGAUAUCGAUGAUCAAUGCCAUCACCAUCACCGCCUUUGCAACACAUCGCCAUCUACGCAAGCGUAGUACGUACCUCAUAAUGAACAUGACCGUAGCCGACCUACUGGUGGGUGUCGUGACAGGACCACUGACCGUCUACUACGAUUGCACCUUGCCAGGAUCAAUUAUUUGCGCCUUGCAAGUCACCUUCCCAAUAGCUUCCCCGGUCAAUCUUUCUUUGAUAUCUCUAGAGAGGCUACAUGCAACACUUUUUCCCUUUAGACAUUGCUUGAUUUCGAAAUGGGUUUACAUCAAAAUUAUCAUCGCUAGCUGGUUAACAAGUCUCCUUCUGGCCUUUGUCAGGAAUAUUUUAACAGAAGAAGCAUUUGAGUACACUGAGGCAUCAUUUGGAGCUGUCACGUUACUUGCCCUCGUGAUCUCUUAUAUCAUAAUUGUUGUAAAUGUUCAAAUAAGUCCUCAUUCACAACAUCAUGGAUCAAUUCACAAAGAAAAGAAACUAUCAGUCACAUUAUUCAUAGUCACUGGAGUUUCCGUUCUCACGAUUCUUCCUAUGGCUAUUUACCAUUCCGUGCCAGUAGACAUAAAGAACGGACGGCAUAGUGCAUCAAGCGCUGAUAUUCACGAUAUCCUGAUGAUGAUAUAUUUUGCAAAUUCCAUAGUGAAUCCUCUUGUAUACGCCAUACGAAUGCAGGAAUUUAGAAAAGCGUUAAGAAACCUUGUAUCAGGCAAGAGGCAAGCAGCGCAGAAACGACAGAGGAGAGCCGACCAGGAAAGAGCUCUACGUUCACAACCUGAAACUAACUUGUAAACUCCAAACAAAAGACUGUUUGUACCCCUCCCUUUUCACCUACGAAAGAAGUUUACACGGAGAAUAUCCUCAAAUGCAAGUGAUGAGUUUUGUGUAAAUUUGUUGAGGGUAGAAGUAGGAGCAUUUCAACAAGUACAUCGUGCCUGAAAACCGAAUAAUUGUGCUUGUUUCUACGAUUUGGUAGAUCGCGUAAAAGGGCUCUUUCUCAAAAUAGAAAGUUUUGAUAAGAUCGUUGUAAUCAGAACAAGAAUAAUUAAAAAUUUGACAUAUCACGAGAAUGAUACGAUUUUAAUCUAUUAAUUUGCUAAAAUAUUGAUUAAAGAAAAAUCAAUAACAAUGUAAUUGGGAAAUGAUACGUGGGUUUUAUUCCAAUUGAAGGCUCUGACACCAAAUAGCAUUUUACCACAUUGAUGUCAACACAACCCUGUUGUGCGUCACGUUGAUAGCACACCCUCCACCAAGAUGGUGUUACAAAUAGAGAGAAGAAACGGACGAUCCCGCUCCAUUGAGAGAAGUGGUUUGCCGUCAUAAUAUUGAUAGCAUCAACAUCCGAACAACUCUGCCACCUUGCCUUUUGAGCCUGGCUAAUUACCGACCAAAGCAAAAGUCAACCUUGUCGUGGGAUUUCGGUGGCGUUCAAAUCUAAAGCCCACAAGAAACCGAAAUCUUUUGGUUCAUAGCCAAGCAAGGCCACCGGGACGGGUUAGUUCGGUUUCAUAGAUAAAACUAGCCCUGAGGCCUUUAGCUUUCUUUUUCUGGUAAUUUCCACGAGAAAUUUAAUACAAAGAAAAAGAAGAUCAAAUGUAGAAGUUUGGAAGAAACCCUCAACGCCAUGUUAAAAUUUUCAUAGAUUGCCACUGGUGUUGCAUGUUAAGUCCAAUUUAAUCCUAAUUACCUCUGAUGCCAGAUAAAAAGGCAUGUUAUUCCCUCGUUAACGGACCAAAAAGGAUAAAAGGAUGAGUGAUUUAAAGAACAAUCAAUGUCAUAUACUGUAUUGUGUCGACGUGUAUCUCUUUGCCAGUUAGUACACGUCUAGUGUGAACAAUAAACAAUUGUAUUUUAGUCUCGUUCUGACGAAGAGAGGUUCUGGUUCUUAAGUACGUUCGUGCUAAUUGUUUCUGCGCAUCCUUACUGCGCACACAAAUUCACACGCCAAGUCAUGCACGAGAGCGCAUGCUACGUAAUAUAAUGAAUAAUGAAAGGGCAGAUGGCCAUUGCGAGAGCUUUGCCUG